AUGGAGAAGCCGCUGAUCAAGCUUGAGGACGGCAAGAAAAGAAACCCGGUAAGUGAUGGACCAGGGCUUCUAGAGAGAGAGAGAGAGAGAGUUUUUUCCAGUGAGAGAAGCUGAAAGAACUUGUGCUCUGUGGCAUGUGAAGGACGGAGAUCAUGGCGAUACAGGGUCAUUGCCCACAUUGAAGAUAGAUGACGUCAAGGUAAAGAGACCAGUUUUGAAGUCGAGUGUUCUAAAUAUAAUCAGGGAGGGGCCAUGGGAAAUACUUGUGUUGCUGACUGGUUCUGGUUUGAGCACCCUUUUCAGUCAUGGAUAUGGCUGCAGCAGGCGAUCCAUCCGGAGGUGGACUAUGAGCGCUGCAUGCAGAAGAGAUGGGUACUCUGUUGUUAAUUCACAAGAUAUCAAAUCAAAUCCAUAGAACCAAAUAGAAUAGAUUAUAGUUCAGUUUAUCACAUGAGGCUGGCCUCAAAUCCAUCAUACAAUCCAGUUUCAUUGAUAAAACUGCCAUCAUAUGCAUCUAAGCAUGAGAAAAAAUCAUUAAACUUGAUGGUCUGCUAUCAGGGAUUGGUUGUGCAUUGAAUGCCGGAGUUGCCCAUGCAGAUCUCGAGGAAGAUCAAACCCUGGAAGGCUCUCUCUAUAAAGAAAUGGAUUGAUGAAAGGAAGCAGAGGCGGAAGGAAGAAGAGCGGCUGCAGAAGGCGGAGGUACACGCAGCAAUAUCAGUGGCACGGGUUGCCGCCAUGUUGGCGGCUGUGGCCACUGAUAACGCAGAGAGGAGCCAAUCGAAUCUCUCAAAGGAGACUGCAGUGGCAUCAGCAGCGGCUCUUGUGGCGGAACAGUGUGCACGAGCAGCGCAUGCUCUGGGCGCACGACAGGAGCAUAUUGCUAUCACCCCUGUGAGCACCACCAAUGCCACCGACAUCCUGAUGCUGACAGCGGCUGCUGCAACAUGUAUUCAUGCCUUCACUUCUCAGCACCAUUGAUAUUAUUUCAUAAAAUAGGAUGCACAGUUAUUACCUUGCCAGGAUGUUCUUAAAUCAUUCAUGAUCAGAUGAGAAGAAUAACUCUUUACAUGCCAAUUUCAGGAGGAUUUCACUAGAUUUCUCUUAGAUCUGGUUCAUGAAUUAGGCACUAGCUCGAUCAGUUUCACUGAUGAAUACAUCAACACUUCUUAAGUGCAUAUGUUAGACCUUCAAUCAUAGACUAAAAGCAGAUAUAGAUCAAUCAUCACAUCCUCAGUUAUUUCAUCGAGAUCCCCGAGAAUAGCCCGCUCAGCACAGUGGCAGAUUAAGAUAGUAGCAAAAACAGCCAGCAAGAAACACAUUCAACACUAAGCGCUAGUCCAUGAAGAUACUGAUAUUUAUCAAUAUUGCGUCACAAUGUCUUCUUUCUUCUCAAUGUUAAAAGAGCACAGUUUUCAUACGUUUCAGCAUUGAGGGGCGUAGCGACCCUCAGAGGGAGAUCAGGAUCGAAAUUUUUGCAGAACAACAGCACAACUACCAUUUCAACAGGGGAAUUUGAUCUUGAUUUUGAGAAGUGCAUCGAUUCGCUGGCCAAGGGUACUGAACUUCAUGUGAUGACACCAGAUGGUAUGCUGAUGGAAAUAACCUUUCAUUUGCGUUUCUAUUCUCGGGAAAAUAAAAUUCUUGUGGAGGCCCAUUUUCUAAGACCAUGUGGGGAGUUUGAUUAAGUAUUAUUCCGUAACUUUGUUCUACUUGGCUGCAGGAAAUUGUAAGAUAAGAUUAGUAUCAGUCUUUCUAAACAAGGAGGCAAAUGUCGUUCUCAGGGUUAAGAAGAUAAAUGCCUUGACGCCAUUUUCCAGUGGAAAAGAGAGUAAGCCGAAAGUUUUUCCAGUUCAUGAUGUUAUAAAAACUUGAACAUUUUGGCAACACAGACCGACAUUUGUGAACGCCAAUCUAUAUUCCAGGUUUUGUAUACAGCUUACAGAACAGCGAGGACAAAGAACCAAGCUCAGAAGAAUAUCCAUCAUACUCCAUUGUUAUGGCUACAAGUCACGGAACAACCAAAUUGAGGAUCAAGGAUUAUGUCUGCUACAAGAUAUGGAUCACAUCCAUCAGCCAUAUGCUAAAGCUCUCCACAACCUUAAGCAAUUAUGAGCUUCAGUUUUACAGAAACUGA